GAGCCUCUCAUACCCGACGUUCCUCUCUCAGCCCUGCUCCCGAGUCCCUCAACUUUACUUAAAGGAUCAAUUAACAUUUUAUCCCGGGCAACAUGAAAUCGACAACAGUUUUGCGGAGAACUUAAAGGAGGAUUUGGUGUCGUCCCGCCUCGUUGAUAUGCGCAGAGCGAGUCUCUGCGCGCACAGCGAUGGAUAGAGCGCGUCCGGCUCAGUGCUCCGCUUCAGCCGCUGAGACCGGGACGAACUGAGACAAACCGAGCCAAACAGAGCCGAACAGGGGGCCAAGCCUGGCUGGGGGGUUCGCCUGCCUUCAACAAAUACACAAACCUAAUCCCUUCACCCGAAGACAAGACAUGGACAUAUAACAACCGGCUUUAUAGAGGUAUAAAACGGAAGAUAAACUGCGAUGAUUCAGAUUAAAUAAACCAUUCGGAUGUCUUCACGGAUGCAGACAUGAAGGAAAGGGGAUGACUGACUUCCAGAACGCCUGAAUCGCAUCAGAGGAGGAUCACUUUGUCUGGAGCAGCUAAAUCAAAGGCUAAAAAGCACAAGUCAGAUGUUUGGAUGCUGCAAAUGGGAAUGAAGAACCUCCAACACACUCAACUAAAAUCAGUCUGAGGCAGCUCAUCCAUAUUAGAUUACUUCAGAUGAAUAUCAAAACAGCAUGCACCAAAGGCUGAUGUGGGAUGCUGAUCCCUCUCAGUGGAUGUGAGGACUGACAGAUGACAGAGGGUUUGUUUUGGCAAAGGAACGACCGUGAGAGAGAUGUUAGAUUGCAGAGAAUCACUUCCACUGGUGACAGAAAUCGUGUCAGAAGUUCAAGCACAUCAAUCGGCAAAAGAGGAGAACUCUGACUGAUCAUCAACCCUGAUCUGAGAGACAAAAAAGCCAAUUGGAUAGACACCUUCGACACAGCCGAUCAGGGCAGCAAGAUUUACAACUGCAGAUACAGAAACAUAUUCUUUCCCUCUGGCAAAUAAACAGCAAGUGGGUGGGCACAGAAGGCGGUGAACAACUAGCCAUGGAUACAAGUAAACCAAUUUACAGCUCUAAAUUAGGAACUCUUAAAGUCUUUCUUCCACCAGGAGGGAGAUGUGGCUGAACAUCGAGACGCAACGCUGGAUAUUCUUUGGAUAUAAUAUACCUUAAGAAGUCUUCUUGCAGCUCGGUGCCAGGAAAUUGGAGUUUCAGUUUUUAGACGGCAAUCUCAAACUACUUUUCGCUAGCAAAGCUUUAUUUCACUAUACCAGGCUCGUCAAAAAACAUUUGCAGCUAUUGCCGUCUUAUCUCCUCCUACCACAUCCCUGUCAUUACCCCCAUUACCAAGUUUCCCCUUUCCCUGUUUUCUCUACAUCCUCCCAGACCCCAAUGGUGGCCUCCUAGCAUUUAAAAAAAAAAUCUUAAUUUGAAUCUCCCUCAAUCCUGACUGCAUCUCACAAGGGUGAAUUAAAGACAAUCUACAAAACGGUAACCGUCUCUUUGUGGAAUGGGUGGUCCUGCGAGGACUCUGCUUGGAGGGUUUGGGACAACCACCUCUUCCCUAGAAGUGAGGAGUCGAAUGCCGUGGCCAAGUAACAACCCCCUGGACCUGAACCAAACCCAACCAUGGGUACUGGGAAGUAGCAGUGGAGGUGGAGCUUUGGACAACUCCACCACACAAGAAGCUGUCAACAGGACUGUGAUCAAGGAGAAAAACUGGCCGGCGCUGCUCAUUCUCGUCAUCAUUGCAUUGACAGUUGGUGGAAAUAUUUUGGUGAUCCUGGCAGUGUCGCUGGAGAAGAAGCUCCAAAAUGCCACCAAUUUCUUCCUGAGGUCUCUGGCUGUAGCAGACAUGCUUGUAGGCAUCCUGGUCAUGCCCAUAUCCCUCAUCAACAUCCUCUAUGACUACGCCUGGCCUCUCCCAAAUGCCCUGUGCCCAAUCUGGAUCUACCUUGACGUGUUAUUCUCCACGGCAUCCAUUAUGCACCUCUGCGCCAUCUCUCUGGAUCGAUACGUCGCCAUCCGCAACCCCAUAGAGCACAGCCGCUUCAACUCCAGAACCAAAGCCAUGAUGAAGAUCGCCGCCGUCUGGACCAUAUCUAUAGGCGUUUCGAUGCCAAUUCCAGUGAUCGGCCUCCACAACGAGGACAAGGUCUUUGUCAACGGCAGCUGUGCCCUGAAUGAAGAACAUUUCAUGCUGAUUGGUUCCUUUGUGGCCUUCUUCAUCCCACUAGUCAUCAUGGUGGUGACUUACUGCCUCACCAUACAGGUUCUCCAGAGGCAGGCCACAGUCUUCCUGUAUGAAUCAAAGACUUCUUCCCAGCAACCUCUGAACCCACCAGCAAUUACAAACACACUGCAGCCACCACCGAGUACAUUCCACCUACCACAGAUCAAUACACUUGCUCCUCCAGACUCACAAGAGUUAAAGCUCCCGCCCCCUCAGAGCAGGCGAAACACCCUGAGCUGCCUGAAGGCCGCAGAGCCCAGCAUUCUGCUCAGCGCCUCCACCUCAGACAACGUCAGCAUCGUCCCCAGCUCCGAGGUGGCGUCACAGCUCAGCUCUCCUGCCGCCGGGCCGGGUCGCAGCGACGCUUCGGGUUGCCACGGGCGAAGGGGAAUGAUGCAGGCCAUAAAAAAUGAGAGGCGGGCCUCAAAGGUCCUGGGAAUUGUCUUCUUCCUCUUCCUCAUCAUGUGGUGCCCUUUCUUCAUCACCAACGUCACCGGCGUUCUCUGCCGCGGCUCCUGCAAUGAGUCGCUGCUCCACGACCUCCUCAACGUCUUCGUGUGGGUGGGUUACAUCUCAUCCGGAGUCAACCCUCUGGUCUACACCCUCUUCAACAAGACCUACAGGAGAGCUUUCUCCAAUUACAUCCGGUGCCAGUACAAAUUCAGGGCCAACGCUGCUGGGCAGAGUUGCAAACCCCUGCUGCCGCCUCCACAGUGCCCAUCGCAAGCCAUGACCCCUCUUCUGACGGACGGUCAUGGCAAAGCAGGAGUGGACCGCAACAGUAACUGUCGUAAUGGCAGCAGGGGGGAUAAUGGCAGGAUAACGGUGGACCCAGAGGACAUGACAGAUGAUGGGACGCAAAUCGGAUUAGUGUCACAGAGCCUUUCUGAAAGCCACAAAGUCGACGCACUUUCAGAAACGGAGCCGGAAACAGAGUUGGAGCAGGAGCAGCCGCUCAUCAGCUACAGCCCUGCCCGCAAGGACCACACAAGCAGUGUGUGAUGACACCCUGGUUCCUCUAUUGUCCCUUUUUUUUACCUUGCUGAGCAGCGCUUUAACAGAUCGGUGCUUCAUUGAAGACUGAAAGCCUUCAGCUGGUGUCGACACCUGUAACAGGGACUCUUGUUGCAAGGACUAGUUUUGAUUGGAGGCCCUAACCUCUACACAGAAGAGCAGAAGGUGAAAAGUGGCCUCUUCUACUAUGUUUUGGGGAAGAAAACCAAUAUUUUUUAUGACUUUGAUUUCAAUUUCUUACUAAAAAAAUGUUGGUUUUCAUUCCACAAAUAAGAAAUGAGGGUUUCAGCGGGGCCUUGAUCUGGUUGUAAAUGUGCUCAUUAGUUUCAAAAUGAGCUGGAGACUGAGCUGUCCACUGACACAGGGGUUUAGUAAAACAAUGACUGAACAGUGAACUCAGUGUUCAGAUUGUGUGAAGUCCAGCCGCACCCCCGCAGCGCCUCGUGGAGUCCCACUGAAGCAGGUCACGGAGUCGAGCGCCAACCACGGCAUCACUCAAGUCCAGCUACGACCUCAAGCCUUCACAUAAAGUUAAAAUGCAGUCUGAGCUCUACACAAAAGCAAACUCAACCAAAUAUUGUUUCCUGCCAGAGGAGCUCACCCUCAGCCGUAAUGAAAACUUGUUCAUUCAAAUUGUGCAGCUGACAGAAACGAGAAGUUUGUAUGAAAAAAACUAUCUCAAAGAUGCAGUAAAAGUUCUGUGGAGUGGGAGGAAUGUACGAGUACUCGUCUCUGGUGGUGGUCUCACAGUGCCAUCUGGUGGCCACCGGUGGUAUCGCUUAAAAAAUAAUUAAAUACAUUUUUAAAAAAGAAGGAAAGGAAAUGCACAGGUCCAGUACAGUUGUUGGGGUGCUGCCUCUGAUAACCAAUACAACUACUUUGGAAAGAAAAUAAACUCACGACCUCUAAAGGUUUUUACUGGACUCUGCCUGAAAAGGUUAAAUUAAAAGAAAUAAGUUUUGAUAGAGUACACAACCGCCCUUUGGUGGGAACUUGAUUGGAUAUUUAAAAAUAAAUAAAUCCACAUAAGCCAUUCUUACAGUGAUUGAGUUAAUUAAAAAGCCACUAUGAUAUUGGUAUAUUGAUUAUUCAGCCUCAAAGAACUGUAUUAUGCUCACUUUGGAAGAUUUUAUUUUUUCUGGUUCAAUCUUUUCAGUUUUCAUUCAUGAAAAACAGGAAUCCUCAAAUAUAAAUAGUACACAAAUACACCACAAGACUGCUCGUUCCAUAAAAUAAACAUUUACAGUUGACCUUCCACUUAAAUUUAAUUUAGUUUAGAUCUUGUAAACUCAUCUGAGAAAUUACCCUGAUUUAGGAGGCAUGGAAGUCUCCAACAGAGCCCCAAAGUGAAGCUGUCUGUCAUCAGAACACCCUCCAACAUGAACAUUGUCCUCAUACCUGCAACCCAACAAGUAGGGAUGCUCUGUAAUAUGUAAAUAAAAACCCAAUGCAAUGAUUUGUAAUUCACACAAACCUGUAUUUUAUUCACAAAAGAAUGUAGAAAACAUAAGAAAUCCUCUUUAGGGGAGUUUGAUACAUCGAAACGUCUGUGUUUUGUGCGACAGUUUACCACUUUGCUUGUGUUCAUUUCUAAAUGAGCUCUGGCCCAGAAAGACAGUGGUGUUUGUGGAUCAUGUUCAUGUAUGUGUCGUCCUCUUUGUUAUGAGCCCUUGAACCUGCAUUUGUGGAGAGAGAAGCAAACUUUGUUCAUGGACCGGUAUUUCUAGAAGUCUUCCUUAACCCAUUACAGAGUCACGCCCGUUCGUAACAGUGCCAAACGAGAACCUGAAGAUCACUGAGAUUAAAUAUUGACUUCUGGCCUUGUCAGAUGCACGCAGAGAUUCUGCAGAUUCUCUGCAUCUUUUAGUAAUAUUAUGUAUCGUCAAUGAUAAGAUCUAAGUCAAUUUUACACCGAAAAACACAUCUGUCCUUUACCGUUAUCUGUUUUUGGUCAGGGUUACGUGAAUCCGCUGGAGCUGAUCCCAGAUCUCUUUGCGUGAAAGGCAGGGUCCUCUGACAGGUCGCCAGUCCAUUGUAGGGUCAUAUAUACACAAACCCCUUUUAGUUUUAACCUGACAUACAUGUGUUUGGACUGUGGGAGGUAAGCAAGGUCUGUGGAACAUGUUUUGCAGAAUGGCUUGGUGGUAACCUCUGUUGCAUGCCAUGUUUUUUUUCCCAGAUAUUUUUUUCACAGUACAGGAUAUAAAUACAGUUUUUACCAGAUUGGUGAACUUCUACUCAUCACUGUAACUGCUGCUAACCCGUUCCUCCAUGAGUUCCUUUUAGCACCUCUCACUUUCCUAGAUUUUUGGUGCCCAUGUCCUCACUUCUUUGAGAAAUGUCAUCUAGUUAAGAAUGAUCUAAUAUUUUCUUUUGAAUUGGUAAAACGUAUCUCUGUCAUCAC